CAUUUUACCGCAAAACCUCCCGCUGGCUUUGUCUCGCCUCGCCUCAUCUACAGCGACUAUGAGACUGUAGGUAUUAAAGUAAGUGCGAUAUAUUGUAAAGUAUGGGAAAGUUUUAUUCAAAAAAUAUUAAAAAAAAAAAAAGAUAGAUUCGAAAAACUCUGUGGAUGGGUAAGCCCGUGGAUUUGUUGCAAUUUAAGAAGCCAAGAAAUUCUAUUCCUUCUCGUAGUUCUACCCCCCUCAUUCAUUCCUCCAGAUACACACGCACACACAACACGACAACCAAUAUAAAAAAGAAGAAAAAGAAGAAAAAAAAAGAAGAAAGAAAACUCUAAGAGAUUCGGUAUGUGGGUAGCCUGUGCUACUGUUAUAAUUUAUUCGGAAACCAUAUCAAUGUCAUCGUUUUGGAAUCCGUUGUCAUGGUGAAUCGUUCUAUAGAACAACUAAAUGGCUUCUCGAGAAAGUCAAAAUAAGUUAACUUUAGAACCAUUUAGCGGAUUAAAUUAAAAAGAUCGCCAAAUUCAAACCGAUGGCUCAAACAAAGAAGAAGAAGAAAAAUAUCAAGUCCUUGCCGUUCGAUAUUUAUAUUCGUCUUAUGCCAACUGGAGAAAAAUUUCUCCUCAAGAACGUUAACUCCGAGAUGAAGGUUCGCGAACUAAAGUGCUACGCUGAACUAGUGGUUGGAAUCCCGAGUAAUUUACAGAGACUUCAGUAUUUAGACGAAGGAGAUAUGAUGGACGAUUCAGAUUUAAGAUACAACGAUGUGGUCGCUGGUGCUAUGAUAAAACUAAAAAUAUGGCGGGCAUGGGAAAGCCUUAUCGCAGCUGCUGCGAGAGGCGACAUUGAAAAUGUCUUUAAGCAGGAUAUUCAGGUUUCUAAAGAUUGGGAGAAGCUUGACCCUUUGGUUUUCAAGAAUAAAAUUGCUAUCACGAACGAUAGGGCAGCUGUUGCUUUAUUUAUAGCAACCCAUAGAGGGAAUAUGGAGUUGGUUCGAAGUUUGUUAGAUAGUACGACAGCUGAUGUCAAUAUGAAGACCCCGUUUGGUAGAACACCUUUACAUGUUGCAUCUUCACAGGGACAUUCUCUUUGUAUUGAUACUAUGUUAGAGAAAGGGGCUUCUAUAGAUGAACCAGACGAACAAGGAAAAACACCACUUAUGAUUGCAAGUCAGUGUGGGUUCAAGGACAGUGAAAGACAUUUGUUUUUAUUUCAAUGGCAGACCAGAGCAGCGAAGAUCAAAUCUCGAAAGAAAAGCACCUCGCUGAUGAUGCAUCAACAGUUUGACUCAAAAUUCCCCAUAUGGUUCAAAGGGAACCAUGCACAGGUCUAUUAUUGUCAGACCCUACCCCCCGGGGAAUUCGCAGGGACAGGACUAAAUGCACCCCCUCUAAGGAAGAAUAAGGGGAGUUCACAUGAGAAACAGCAGAGCCCAGAUAUUGAACUGCCACCAAUUGCUGAGCCACAGUAUGGAAGUAAUGUCUCGCCAAACUCAGUUCGAAGAAGAGCUCAACCAAGUAGUAGAAUACUAAGCAGUAAGUCUCAGAGCUCACUAGCAAGCUCUAAGUCAUCAACAUUUGAUGGUUGGUUGCAAGCAAAAAAUGAACAGAAAAGAAAAGAACUGCAGAGGAAAAGAGAAGAACAAGCAAGAAGAGAUCUUGAAAAUGAAAUGAAAAAAAGAGGAACGGCAGGAAGAAGUUUUGAGGACUGGAGACAAGCCAAACAAAGGCAAAAACUUUCGCCGAUACAGACUGAAUCCAAAAAGGAUAUUGCAUUGUACAAAGAUGAUGUUGAUGUUGACUUUCAUAUGAGUUUUCAACAGUGGUUGAGGUUGAAAAGUGAUGCAAAGAGUGAGAUGACCCAUACUGAUGUUUACAGUUGAGUCUUGCCUUGGAUGCCCUUUUGGCAUCCUUUUGACACAAGGAAAGCAAAAGUGGCAGAUCCAGGGAGUGGACACCCACCACGUAAGCCUGCGAGGUGCCCUUUUUACCAGCAUAGUCUCCUUGAAGGGCCAUACACUAAUGUGGGACAGGUUACUGUGAAUGUCAUAGGCCUGACUCCUGGUAAAUGUGCAUAGCCCCAUGCCAGUGACCUCCAGGUUAAGGGGUUAAGCACAAGGACUAACAACCCUACCCUGGUGUUAAAGAAUUUGAUUCCAGAAGCCAAUGAUGCGCUUCAGGAAAUUUGCUACCAAAGAUUUGAGAAACAACUGGUGAAAAACAUUGCCAUAGUGAUGCAUUGCGGAAAACACCAUGACACAGGAUCUUUAUAUUUGAGUCUUUGAUCAUCAUUAUCAUAAUGAUGAUCAUUAUUAUCAUCAUGACAUCAUCAUGGCAUCACUUAUCAUCAUCAUCAUCAGCAGCAGCAGACGUAUCUUGUAACAUGCAUCAUUAGCAACAUCAUCAUCAUCACCAUUAGCAGCAGCAGAGAUAUCUUCUAACAUGCAUCAUCAUCAUCAGCAGCAGCAAAAGUAUCUUCUAACAUGCAUCAUUACUAUUAACAUCAUCAUCAUCAUCAGCUGAAGUAUCUUCUAAAAUGCAUCAUUAGCAACACCAGCACUGUCAUAAUGGCAAUUAUCUCCCCCACAAAAUCAUCACUGUUGUUGCAUCAGCAUCACCAUAGACUGCAACAUUAUCAAUACUUAUAAUAUAAUAAGAAACAGCUAUAGUAUCCAUCAUCAUCWUCUUCUUCAUAUUCUAAUAGGCAUGCAUGCAUAACAGCAUUCAAGCUAAGGACAGAAUUUUGUCAAUAACACCAAAAAGUAGCAAGACAAUUUAUUAUCAGAAAUACUUAUUUAUUGAAAUAUUUUUUCAUAAAAUGUGCGAUGCAGUGCUAGGCAUAAAUGGGCAUACACAUACAUAAUGACAUGUUUCUAAAAUGUUUACUAUAAGUACAGAGUAAAGAAGUGUUUUGAAAUGUGAUUGUUUUAGACUAUCUAGUUUCAAACUAGUUGCUCUGCAGGAAAUUUUCUUAGGUAGAUACAUUUUUCCUCACCAGAAUUAUACAAUUAUACAAUUACAGUAAGGUUCAAUGUUGUUCCUAAGCCAAAUAUUUAUGUCAGGUACUAUAUAACUAUCUAAAAUGUUAUUUUACGAAAGAAAUAUGCUUGAAUAUUGUUUGCAUAAUUUAAGAUUUCAAAACUUUGAAUGUCAAAGAACUUCCUGGGCUCCAGAGCUUCCAUUUCGCAUCCUAUGGUUGUAACGAGUGAGCACUAAAAAUUCAUGUCAGCAAAAGCCAGAGGGAGAAUAAAAUGACCUCUGGACUCCAGGGUAGUCAAAGAAAAGCAACUCAAGAAAAAAAGUAUUCACAACAAGAUUCUUUGAAUAUUCUUCUCAGUUCACGUGUAAAAAUGCAAAUCACAUGAAGGUUAACCCAGCUAGGUUGAAAUAAAACAUUUUAUCUGGA